UUUGUGGGAAGACCUUUUUAUAUUAGAGAGGCUGAGGAGAACACACGUGAUCAAUGUUUCAAGAGUUUUGCAGAUUUUACUUAUCACGUUUCUGUUUCGUGACAGAUUUAUGAUCUGUUCAAGGAUACGAAGGGGAAACCUCAUCUUUUCUUUGAAGAAAAGUUUUACUCCAGAAGGGGGUUUCAGAAAAGUGAAAGAAUCAAAUGUGCUUUGAUCGUGGGUAUAUAUGUAAUAUGUAACGCUUACACAUGAUCUGAAACAUAUUGGUUCCACAAGAUUUAUAUAUGUAUGUGACAAGAACGGACACAAAAAGUUGAGAAGUUGGAUUGUAAAGAAUGAAAUCUUAAGUAAAAAAGAGGUACAUAAUAGCAGCAGAAUAGUUAAGACCUGACUUUCAGGAGAAGUGUUGUACAUUUAAUAUUAGUAGCAUCAGAGCAGUAUAAUAAACAUACAUGCAUACAUGAACGACCUCCAAGAAAAGAAACAAACUCAGGGGACAAAGAGCUCAACUAUAGCAGACGCCAUCUAUUCAUUCUGUUAAAUUGUAAUAAAGGUUUUGAGAGAAAUUAUUUCAGUUGGUGGCGCUAAUGCACCUAAAGCUAGUCUGCUAACCUCCAAUAAACCGAAGAGAAGAAGCCAUCACGGUUGCCCUCACAUUCGUUGUGUUGAGGCCUGAUUGAAAAAGAGAAUGAGUGAAGAGGAGAACCACCAUGUCUAAAUUUGAGAAAUAUUUGACUUGGUCGCUUAAAAGAAGAGCCAAAAAUCUUUGAUCUGUCCUCGGUGUGGAAAGAUUGUGGAAAUUGAAGCUUUUCACACUGACGACGUCAGGUUUGGUGUUACUGUAUAUACAGUAUAUUAUUCUUAAAAUGCCUCGUACUUGUGUCUACCCGGGGUGCUGGAACUUGGAUAAAGCAGUAAGAUUACGAGUGUCGGGAUCAAUAAGAGAUGGACAAGUAAUGUUCCAUAAAUUCCCUGUAAACGAUCCUUAUCGAUUGAUGCUGUGGCUGUUAGCGAUCAACUGCGACGUUAACACACCCCUGGAGAAAAUUAUAAAAUUCAGGAUAUGCUCGGAACAUUUCAAACUUGAUGAUUACAAGUCAAACGAGGGAACGAGAAGUCGCUUUCUGAAGUCGACGUCUGUGCCCGUGGCUUCGACGUUUUCGCACCAAAGAGAGCCUAGUCUGACCUUACCAGCAGAAGAUGAGGACACAAAGGACCUGGAAGUGAUUGAACGUUUAGUGAGCGAUCCAGAGUCAACUCCAGUAAAACUAAAGAGCUUUGAACAAGAUGAGGACACAGAGGCAGCUCUCGUUCUGAUGCUAAAGAGUCCAACUUCAAUUCCCAGUAGGAAAUGUCCAUCAACGUCUGGGACUUACAUUGCCUUGCCUCCGAUACGCUCCUGUUACUCAGAUAAACCCCCACAAACCAGCACAGAAUAUGAUGAUCUGGACAGUACAUUGCGGUCGACAGACAAGUGCGACGUCGAUUUCGUUCCGUCAACCACACCAACCUCAACUCCAGCUUUUGAGGAAGACACAAAGGAAGGGAUAUUGGAUGAAAGGAAAUGGAUUGUCAACGAGUCCAGCCUGAUGGGAUUAUUCAAGAGAUGCCAGGAGUGCGGAGCUAUCAUUACAGAAACGCAACAAAUAACGAAAGGGAGCCUCAUCCAGAUGAUGUGGAGUCCGUGUCGCUGAUGGAGGGAGAUUCUGUCACUCUACAGACUGGUGUUACUAAAAUACAGAAAGAUGAUCAGAUCCUGUGGAAGUUUGGAGAUCGAGGCACCAUCGUUGCUGACUUAAACGGCGCUGCUGGUGGAGAAACGUGGUUUGUCUGAAUGAUCAAACUAGAGACCUCACUUUCAGAAACAUCCAAAGCGAUCAGCACGGAAAAUAUGAAGCGGAGGUCAUCUCCAGCAGUAUGGUUUUACGCAGGAUAUUCCAAAUAGCUUUUAGUGCCACAGCAGCCACGCCCAUCAAAGCAGAGACAACCAAUCGGAUCACAACUUCAGCAGUGCCACAAUAGCGGACAGAGUCUGAGGAAAGACAAGAAAUCUAGAUCCAAUCAGGUCAAUACAAACAGCUAUACUGAAAAAAAUAAAAUCACCUACUUGAAGAUAUCCAGUAGAAUUCAGUGUUGGUGAGAUGUCUGGUCUGGUUUCUGAUGGGGUUGUUGAUCACACAGCUGUAGGUGUUUUUCUCCUGAUAUUCCACCUCCAGAGGUAGAGAGAGACUGAUGCUGAGAUCAGACAC